UUUGCACUCCUCCUCCUCUUGUGUAACUUUUCUUGAAAUAAAAACUGUAUGCUUAUUUCUAAGGAAUCUUUACAUGCUGACUGUAAGGACUGGAUCGGAGACCAGACUGUAUAUCAUAGACUAAAUAAUACAGCAAGAUCAUACAAGUCAAAGCCUAAAGGGUUUACCAAUUCUCAUAGCUUUCUCACUGCCUCUGUGAAGAUUCAGCUACGAUCAUUGUCAUUUAUCAUUUAAAUGGCGAGCAAAACAGCAAAUCCUCAGAAGAAGUUGCUUCUUAUGGAUGUGGACUGUGGUACUGAUGAUGCCCAGGCUAUUAUGAUGGCAGUAGCUGCUCCUAAUAUUAAAGUUUUGGGAAUUACGUGUGUAGGAGGAAAUACUGAAUUGGAAAAUGUGUGCAAGAAUGUUCUACGCGUCCUACAAAUUUGUGACCGAUUAGAUAUUCCUGUGUAUAGAGGAGCAGGCACAGCAAUCCUAGGACACAACAUAAAUGCAUCAGACUUUCAUGGAAAAGAUGGGCUGGGUGAUGUACCGGAUCCAAAUGCCCCCAGCCUGGAUUUGAUACAAAAAGAGCAUGCGAUUGACGCAAUAAAACGCUUUACUUCCAAGUAUCCAGGCCAGAUCUCUUUGGUGGCUACAGGUCCAUUGACCAACUUGGCCCUAGCUGUGAGGAUGGAUCCAACAAUACCACAGAAACUGCAGAGUUUAUACAUAAUGGGUGGAAAUAUGGAAUCAAGAGGAAACACCACUUGUUGUGGAGAGUUUAACUUCGCUGCAGAUCCAGAAGCUGCCUACAUUGUUUUGAAUGACUAUUUGUGUAAAACCUACAUUGCUACUUGGGAGCAUUCAUGUCGCUCCAAGCUUUCAUGGGAAUGGUAUGAUCGUUGGGUCAACAUGGGGACAAAAAAAUCUGACUUCAUAAAGAAGAUAUAUGCUCUCAGCUUGCAGUACUCAAGAGGUGCGAAGGAAGAGAAAGCCAUUGUGGAUGGGCCUGGAUUUGUCUCUUGUGACUCCUAUGCAAUGGCUGCAGCCAUAGAUCCCAGCACAGUUACCAAGUUCAUUGAAUGUGGAGUGACUGUGGAGCUUUCUGGAAAGUUUACUCGUGGAAUGAUGGUGCUGGAUUUUAUUGAUGAACUAAAGAAGAAAAACAAGGCUAUUAUUAUGAAUGGAUGUGAUCUGGAAAAAUUUGGCAAGCUUAUGGAGUCCUCUGUCAAAUAGAGAAAAAUCCUAAUUCUUGUUAAGGAAAUCUAUUGUUUAAUGUAACUAUUUGCCAUGUUUAACAUGCAUCCCCAUUAAUUACUAAAAUAUAUUUUCCAGAGUUUAAAAUGUAAAACUUGGAUUAAACAAUAUAUGCAAAAUAAAUACUAACAUGGAAUAUACUACUAAAGCAA